AGACAUCGUGUCUUUCCCCUCCUGAAACCGACUGUUGUCUGCUCAGGUCAAAAGCAGACAAAGAGGCUUUGGCAGCCCUAAACCACUUUGACAUACUAUGCAGCGCUUUCCUCGGAGCCCUCCACAGGAUAUCACCAUUGCACAUAAAACUUCUGAAAACAGCGCAUGCCACUUGUAGCCUACAAAAAAAAAAAACCUAAAUGGGACCUUCUACCUUCAAGCCAUCAAAGCAAAUGAUCCGUGGAUAAAAUCCAAAGACAAAUGAUUAUGGAACGUUUUUCACCUCUAUAUCACGGCUACCUAAGCGUAGCUUGCAUUUAUUUGAUGCAACGGUAUGCGGUCGCGCAGUUAGCCCCAGAAUGCUACCCGGGUGGCUACCGGACCCUACAGAACCCGUACCGGAGUGUGGAGUUUGACUCCACGGAGCUGCAGCACACAGCCAUCCAGGACCUGAUCUGUGACCACUCUCUCCCCGCCGGCUGGUACCGGUUCACCAUCAAGAACAAACCGGCAGAGAUGCCGACCAGCUGCGUGGAAAUGAACAGGUGCGGGACCCAGGCUCCCGUGUGGCUCUCCCUGAAGGAGGCGGCGCUCCCCAGGCCGGGGGAGGUGCGGCAGCUCUCGGCCUGCGCCACCUGGCAGUUCUUCCAGGGGAGCACCAAGGACUGCUGCCUGUUCCGCAUCCCCGUGUCCGUGCGCAACUGCGGGGACUUCCUCGUCUACUUCCUGCAGCCCACGCAGGGGUGCAUGGGAUACUGCGCCAAAGAAGUUACAGAAUUCAGGCUGAAACUCUGCCCACCCGGUGAAGUGGAAGUUGACGGCGUCUGUCAAGCCAGCCUCCCCUCCGUACCCAGCCGGCCGGUGGUCUCUGCGGAGCUGGUGGGCAGCAGUGUGCACCUGCGCUGCGCCUUCAGGACCCUGCCCUCCGCCCUGCCCCUGGGCUUCCUGGUGGUGUGGACCCGGCACAGGGGCCCCGGCGGCAGGGAGGAGAUACGGAAGGACUCCACGCUGCAGCCCUUCUCCCUGGUGGAGAUGGACGGGGUGCACUUUAAACUGGGCGACACGGUUUCCUGCAGUGUGUCGACGUUCCUGAGAAACUCCUCCGGCACGCAUUCUUUGCCACGGGAAAGCGAUCGUUUUUUUGCAGGAAUCAAGUUUGUUCCAGAAUCUCUGCAAAUGGCGGAGGACGGUCAGGAGCACCGCGUGACCGUCCACAGCACCGUGCCCAUACAUUGCCAUGACAACGACCAGAACCGGCGCUGCUCCGUCUCCCUCCUGCUCAGCGUGGAGGACUCAGACAGCCUCGGCCUGGAGGCGCCGAACGUCGCCCUGUCCGACUGCCGGGUGGAGCUGCGGCCCACUGCAUGCUGGGAAGGCAGCUGCGCCAGCGUCUCCCUGCUGCUCACCGCCGUGACGGACUUCACCCGCGACGGGCACCGAGCCAGCCUCCUGAGCGCCCAGCCCGCCCGCAACAGCCCCCGUCUCUGGAGGAGCUACGCCCCCCAGCCCCUGAAGGUGGUGGUUCAGGACAUUCCCACUGCAAGCUGCUACUCUCUGACUGAUCCUCACCUCAUUACCUUUGAUGGCAGGCGCUAUGACAACCAGCAGACGGGGACGUUCGUGCUGUACCGGAGCUUGGUGCGGGAGUUCGAGGUGCAGUCCAGGCAGUGGGACUGCGGGAGCCGGCACUACUCCGUGGCCUGCAACUGUGGGGUGGCGGCCCGCGAGGGCAACGACGUCGUCACUUUCGACAUGUGUAACGGACAGCUGCAGGAGACCCGCCCGCACCUGUCCGUCAAGAGCCUGGGGCCCUCGGCCUCCCAGCAGAUCAAGAUCCUGGAGACGCACCAGGGCAGAAAAGUCACCGUCGUGUUCCCGUCUGGGGCCUUUGUGCGGGCUGACGUGAGCGACUGGGGGAUGAGUCUGUCCGUCAGGGCGCCCAGCGCGGACUUCAACGCCACCCGCGGUCUGUGCGGCACGUUCGACCGCAGCGGCAACAACGACUUCCACGGGCGUGACGGCGCCCCCUACAGCACGGGCGACUCCGAGCGCUUCGUCAGGGAGUGGAGGAUAGCACCCGGAGAGAGCCUGUUUGACACCACGCCGCCUGCGGUGGAGCCGGAGAUGAGGGGGAACUUCUGUCGGUGCCAGAACGGGUACAGCGUGCCUCUCCACGCGGCCGCAGGGGCCGAGGGCGUGUUCGAGCCGCGGGCCUCGUCUCCCUGCGUCUCCCGCGACCACGUGGACCUCACCACCCUCUUCCCCUUCGUCGACGUCACGUCCGAGUACGUGGGGAGCGCGGCGAGUUUGGGGGAGCGGGACCUCUUCGAGCUUCCUCCCGACGAGUCGCUCGGUCCGGACCCACCGAGGGGCAAGCGGUCGCCGCCUCUUGUGCCUCUUCGCCCCAACUCGAAACGGCCGGAGCCCAGGGCGAAGAGGCAGAGCCAGCCGGAGUUCCUGCCCAUCCUCAGCUUCCAGAGCCUGACCCAAACGGACCUGGAGAGCUUCACCUACUUCUUCCCCGAGGACCACCAGUGGGCGAGCGGCCCGGCCCCGCUCCCCGUCUGGCCCACGCCCAGCGGACUCACCUCCGCCAAGGCUCUGGAGAUCUGCCAGCAGGCCCUGGCCAACUCCACGGUGGGCGUGGUGUGCCGGGGGCCGCUGGGCCGGAGGCUGGACGAGGCGCUGGACCUGUGCGUCUCCGACCUGCAGCUGAAGGACGACCUGGCCUGGGAGGAGGGCCUGCUGCCCUUCCUGGAGAACGAGUGUGAGCGGAGGCUGCUGGAGAACAGGACCCGGGGCUCCCUCCAGCUGGGGGGCCUCGAGGGCCACGUGCUCACCGCCCUCCGGUGCCCCAACUUCUGCAACGGGAACGGCCUCUGCACCCAGUGGGGCUGCCAGUGCUUCCCCGGGCACAGCUUCUACGACUGCAGCCUGACCAUCAAUCAGCCGAUCGAGGUGACGGACCUGGAGAACAGUGGACUGUGUGACAUCAGGGCCUUUGAGUGCAACAAAGUGCGUGUCUUCGGCCUGGGAUUCAUCGACCUGCCCGACCUGAGCUGCCACGCCACCAAGCUGACGUAUAUUAAUGGCGAGUGGAAACCAGGGGAGCAACAGCGAACCAAGGCCACCUUCCUGAGCUCCAAAGCUGUUGACUGUGCCAUUCCCUCACUGAGCAACAUGGCUGCUGACAUUAUGGACUUCAUGGUGGAUGACAAGCCCAUUGACAGAUGGGAAAUUAAGGUGACAAACGAUGGGUCCCUGUUCAGCAAGCCCAAGGUGCUGACGCUGUACGAUGGAGUCUGUCAGGUCUGCGAAUCGUCUCUCUCCGGACUUUGUAAGUUAAAGGAGAAGGCCUGUAAUAUUGACGGGAUGUGCUUUGCCGAGGAAGACCCCAAUCCCACCAGCCCGUGUCUCCUGUGUAAUUCAACUACCUCCAAAUUCACAUGGUCACUAAAUGAAAUGAAUCGGCCCCCCACGUUCCUCCCGCCCGUGGGCGGCCUGCAGACCUUCGUGGGGGAGAACUUUGUUUACCAGUUCGCCGCGGCCGACCCGGAGGGCUCCGCUGUCCUCUUCCUGCUGGAGUCCGGCCCGGCGGGCGCCUCCCUCUCCCCGGCCGGGCUGCUCAUCUGGAAAGUCCGUUCGGAGGAGAAGCAGGCCUUCGGCUUCACGGCGUCGGACGAGUGCAACGCGCAGAGCAGACACACUGUGGAGGUGUCGGUGCGGCCGUGUGGCUGUCAGCGCGGCGGGUCGUGUGUCACGGACAUGCUCUUCCCGCCGGGCAGCGGGCGGUACCGCUGCGUGUGCCCGGCCGGCCUGACGGGGGACCUCUGCCAGGACGAGGUGGACGAGUGCUCGUCCAAUCCCUGCGCAGCCGGCACCUGCCACGACCAGACGGACGGCUUCCUCUGCCAAUGCCCCGCCGGCCUGCGAGGGGUUACCUGUCAAGAGGAUGUGAAUGAGUGUGAGCGGGACCCCUGCUUUCCCGGAGUCGUGUGCGUUAACAGCUUCGGGUCCUACAGGUGUGGCACCUGCCCCCCCAGCCUGCAGGGAGAUGGGAGGACAUGCACAGCUCCGGACCGGUCGGAGUCUCCUGCCCCCCCAGCGGUGACCCCCAGCCGAACAGAGAACACCCCCACACCCCCCCCGGAGAAGGGCCCGUCCGCAGCCCCCGCACCCAGCAAGAGCAGCAAAGCUGGCCCCCCCCGUGCGGUGGACGUGGAGGUGAGGUGUGCGAGCCGGCCCUGCUUCCCCGGGGUGCAGUGCCUCGACCGGAGGCCCCCCUACCGGGGCUACGUCUGUGGCCGCUGCCCACCGGGGUACCGAGGCAACGGACACGCCUGCACCAAACUGUCCCAAGCAGGUGGUCCACCUCUGUCCUCGCGCCCGACACCGGCCAAGAGCAAGCAGGCCAGCUACGGCCUCCACAGAGUCCUUCAGCUACACUCCCCCGCUGUGGGACCUGUCACUCAGAGGAGGGAGACUCCACCCCGCUCAUUCCACCCUGUGACAAUCCCUCACCACCUCCAGCCCCGCCCACUCCACCCUGUGACAAUCCCUCACCACCUCCAGCCCCGCCCACUCCACCCUGUGACAACUGCCCACCACCUCCAGCUCCGCCCUCAUACGCGCCACAGCCAGCCCUCCUCGGCCAAUAGCGCCGGGCCGUUUAACUCCCCGGCGAGGAGGAAAUCUGACGGCGGUUACUCCUGGCCCUACAGAGGCAGCCCUGCUGAGACCCCCGGCUCGAGCGAAUCGCCGGGGGCAACCGCGGCUCGAACGACCGCGAGACGCGGCCCUGCCACCGUCGGCCCGCCCACCAGGAAACGGCAGAGCGAGGGGGAGCCCGAGGCUCCUCCCAGGAGAGAUCUCCCGCUGGGCUCCGCCCAGACCGCGGCCCACAGCCUGGCGGCCCACGCCGUCUCCGCCCACGACCUCUCGGCUCAAGCCCUCGUCGAAUCAGAGUUUUCUGCGGACGGGGAGGUGGGCCGAGCCUACGAUCUCCGCCCGGUGCAGAUCUUCCUUUACACCACGCCCAGGAAGGAGGUCCCCGGCUCCCCCUUUAACUCCGGCUACACCCCCCUCGGCCCCGCCCACAUCCCGCUCAGCCACGCCCACACCCCACUUAACCCCGCCCACACACCACUCCACCCUGCCCAUACCCAGCUCAGCCCCGCCCACACCCCGCUUAACCCCGCCCACCCCCCGCAGAUCCACACCUAUACCCCGCAUAGCCCCGCCCACACCCUGCUUAACUCCGCCCACACUCCACUCCGCCCUGCCCACACCCAGCUCAGCCCCUCCCACACUCCACUCCGCCCUGCCCACACCCCACUCAGCCCCGCCCACACCCCGCUUAACCCCGCCCACACCCCGCACAUCCACACCUACACCCCGCUUAACCCAGCCCACACCCCUCUCAGCUCUGCCCACACCCCUCUCAGCCCCGCCCACACCCAGCUCAGCUCCGCCCACACCCCACUCCGCCCCGCCCACACCCCACAGAUGAGCAGCCCGGCGGUCUCCGUGGAGAAGAGCCGGACCUGUGCCGACAUGCCCUGCUUCCCUGGAGUGUCCUGCUCUCCCCACAGCGAGGCCGGCUUCAGGUGCGGCCGCUGCCCCUAUGGGUACGUCGGUGAUGGACGAAACUGCAGAGCCGUGUGCAGGCGUCCGUGCGGCAGAACAUGGCGUUGCGGCUCCAACACGUGCCGCUGCCGAGCGGGAUACGCCGGCCACAGCUGUCACCUCGCCGUCUGCAGCCCCGAGUGCCAGAACGGGGGCCGCUGCGCCCCGGACGUGUGUGACUGCGGGACGGGCUACCACGGAGAGGCCUGCCAAACCGCUCUGUGCAGCCUGCCCUGUGAGCACGGGGGUGUCUGUGUGGGCCGGGACUCCUGCUCCUGUCCCUACGGCUUCGUCGGACCCCAAUGCCAGACCAUGGUGUGUAACGCAUUGAGGCAUUGUCAGAACGGGGGCGAGUGCACGUCUCCGGACCAGUGCAGGUGUCCCGGGGGCUGGGCUGGACCGUCCUGUGAGACAGCCCUCUGCAGUCCUGUCUGUCUGAACGGAGGCGUCUGUCACCGUCCGAACACGUGCGUGUGUCCCCACGGAUUCUACGAGCAGUGUCAGAACGCUGUCUGCAGCCCUCCCUGUAAGAAUGGAGGCCGCUGCAGCCGCAAGAACGUCUGUUCCUGCCCCGGAGGCUACACCGGGGGGCGCUGUGAGAGGAGUGUGUGUGAGCCCAUGUGCAUGAAUGAAGGGCGGUGCAUCGCCCCUGAUGUGUGUGACUGUCCGUCCGGCUGGAGAGGCAAGCGCUGCGACAAGCCCACAUGUCUACAGAAGUGUCUGAACGGAGGAGAGUGUGUGGGGCCAAAUACCUGCCACUGCGGACCCGGAUGGCAGGGCAUGCUAUGCCAAAUGCCGAUCUGCGAGCAGAAGUGUCUGUUUGGGAGCCGCUGCGUCCGGCCAAACGUGUGCGCCUGUCGGAGUGGAUAUUCUGGGGCUCUCUGCGACAGAAAGCUGCCUGUUAGACGAGGCUGAAUUUGGGUCCCCUGGGAAACCACGCACUGAGGACACCGUUCUACUGCACCGUCCCCUGCCCUGUUCCCUGCCCCGUUCCCUGUCCCCUGUCCCCUGUCCCCUGUCCUUUUCC